AUGUGACGCCAAGUCGAAGCUUCGACGGUUCGUCCUCUUGUGUUCAAGAGUUCUGGGUUUUGAAGGGCGACCACCGGACGGCAGACAUCACCACCGUCACCGACGGCUGAUCAUCUUCCGAUUCACUUCAAUCACCGCUUUUCCGGCAGCUAAACUUUCCAGGCGGCAAGGAUGUCGACGCCGGCGAGGAAGAGGUUAAUGAGGGAUUUUAAGAGGUUGCAGCAGGAUCCUCCGGCUGGAAUCAGUGGUGCACCUUAUGAUAACAAUAUUAUGCUCUGGAAUGCCGUCAUAUUUGGGCCGGAUGACACCCCUUGGGAUGGAGGUACGUUCAAGUUGACACUGCAGUUUUCAGAAGAUUAUCCAAAUAAGCCACCGACAGUACGAUUUAUUUCUAGAAUGUUUCAUCCAAACAUUUAUGCAGAUGGGAGCAUAUGUUUGGACAUUCUUCAAAAUCAGUGGAGUCCAAUUUACGAUGUUGCUGCCAUUCUUACGUCAAUUCAGUCACUGCUCUGUGAUCCAAACCCGAACUCACCAGCCAACUCCGAAGCAGCACGUUUAUUUAGUGAAAAUAAGCGUGAAUACAACAGAAAAGUGCGUGAGGUCGUUGAGCAGAGCUGGACCGCCGACUAAGAGUCAACUUGCUGGCGGUUGCAUCAUAGAUGCCGACUGGUUGCAACGCUAGCCGGGAUCAUAAGACCUCGGUUUCAGCGGCUUCUCUCUGAGUAAUGUCAUGUGGUAUGUAUCUCUAUAACAUAUGCUUUUAGUAAUAAUUGAAACCAAUUUUUAUUUGCAUUUUGUAGGGAUUUUAAGCUUAUUUUUUUUUAUCUGUGUUCUGUUGCUUGCAUUUUAUAACUUUGUUGUACAUAAUGAGUUCUUGUAAUAUAUAUUGAUCUGAAAUUUCUCUUUUUCU